UUGCCCGUUAGCGCGCGUACAGACAAGAGGGCAAGGUCAAGCCUGACAUCCUCGUACGAAAUACGCCUAGUAUUAAAUAGUACUUCCUACUGUUUUAGCGAACAUAUUUCUCAUCCAUCUAUCCUGACCAACAUACUUACAUUCAUUAUGUCUUACAACGUUUAUCUGGUCGAAGGUAUCGGUGCUCCGCGCAACCAUCAUUCGAUAAUCAUCGAAAAGAAUCCCGAUGGCUCAGGAUACAUAUUCCAAGUGACCGGGGAUGUUCAAAGAGGCAUGGAAUUCGGCCACAAGAAUACAAAUGUACCGGAAGAGUCGGCCUCCUUCGCUAGCAGAAAGCAAAUCGGCACUAUGUUAAUAACCGACUUCGACCGAAUUCAAUCCAUCGUCGAAUCUAUCGAGCCACCAGCGAAGCAGUUCAACGGGCCGAAGCGCAUUAAUCCAAGGGAGCCACUUCGACGAUGCCAAGAAUGGACGGCGGACGCCAUACAAGCUUUGAAAAAUGAGGGUGUUUUGCGAACGUGAGCAGUCUGGACAUGGACGCAUAAAGUGUAUCGGCAUUUCAUGUCUGGAUUUGGCCAAUUUGUCAAACCUGCUACGCUCACUCGACGUUUCCUUUGCAUCGCAACUCAUGUACUUUUAACGCAAUAUUCCUCUUUCUGGCUUCCUACUCUCAAUCUUAAGAGGAUUUUCAAAGCGCCUACGCCCUAGUUGAGC